AUGGGCUUCAAAGUAAUUCUUUUGAAGGUUGUGGCAGCGCUCAGUUUCGUCAGAGUUGCCACAAAUGCCAUCCACCAGGAGAAGAAGGACGUAGCCACGGCCACGAAUCAUGGCGUUGUCAUGUGCGUGACACCUACCCCCGAAAAGGAACAGGUCAAAUGGAAGAACUAUACGACAGAACAUAAUAUAUUCCUCACAGCUGACAAUGUGGUUUGUUACUUCACACGGAAAUGCACUCAGAGAAAUUCGUCUGAAGAAGAUGUCAUUAUUCAGGGAAAUCAUGUUAUUCAACUAGAACUUCAAGAAGGAGACUGGCUAGUGAUCCAUGUCAAUCUUUCGAGGAAUGAUACAGCAGACGAUGGAGACACGAUUGAUGUCAUUCUGGACCCUGUUCCAGAAAGGGAAGCAGUGUCCUGUAAUUUGGCAGUUCUACCUAUUGAAUCCACGGCACACUGGAACGUUGGAAUAUCUGAUAAUAUAACGCUUAAGGAAGAACUACUUUUAGCUGGCGUUCAUAUAUUUAGCGUGAGAUCUCGCUUACCAUCUUCUGGAUGUGAAGUGUCUUGGACAUUAAAUGUGACGGUUAGAACUCAAGAAUGCUCUCGCCUUCCUGAAGAUGAUAUCUGUGCCGGAAAAGGAACAUGCCUGACGGAUCAUACUUUAACUACAUUCACCUGUCACUGCUGCCCUGGGUUUGUGGGUCGUUUUUGUGAAGAACGCGACGGUUGCUAUGCCAACCCGUGCCAGCAUGGAGGAUUCUGCGUGGACAUCACAGAGGGGCUUACUGGAUCAACCUACCAGUGUUUAUGUCCACACGGCUUCCGAGGACAAGCAUGUGAAGAAGAGGUUAAUAUCUGCGAUCGAAAACCAUGUCUGAACAACGGGACUUGUCGUGGCAAUCAAACUUCGUACUGGUGUGAUUGUCCUCCAGGGUAUAGUGGACGACACUGCGAUGCUAAUGUUAAUGAAUGUCUUUCGAGUCCUUGUGUUCACGGUGUCUGCGAAGAUGGCCUCAGUGGAUAUAAAUGUUACUGCUUACCAGGUUACGGCGGUGACCACUGUGAAUUCGAAUAUGACGAAUGUGAUUCAAGUCCUUGUGUCAACGGUGGUGCUUGUGAAGAUCUAGUAGCCGGAUAUCGCUGUCAUUGCGGUCCCGGAUAUCAGGGCAGACGCUGUCAAGUAAAAGUGGAUCUCUGCCAACCCAAUCCAUGUCCUCCACCAGCCCAUUGCGUAGACAGAGGAAACAACUACAGCUGCAUCUGUCACCCAGGUUACAAUGGUCCAGGCUGCACACAGCAGUAUGACCCUUGUUUUCCCAAUCCAUGCCAGAAUGGAGGCAGCUGUUGGCCCAGCUUAGAUUCCUUCUUCUGUUCUUGCCGACCGGGAUAUACGGGAGACACAUGUGAAGAUCUGACAUCUGUUUCAGAGCUUCGUUAUCCGGGCAUGCCGAUGGCCCACACCUUGGAAGACACAUCAGUUUAUAGAAGUGCGACGAUUGGGCCAGCUAGUGCUCCUUUGGACCACUUGCAUAAUCUAUACAUUGCUGCUGCUACACUUGCUGGAGCUUGCCUGAUAGUGCUCGGAGUUGUAACUGUAUGCCACUGCAGAGUACACAAGACAUAUAGAAGAUUUACCAGGAAAUUAAGCCGUAGUUCUUCAACGGAUAUAAAGCAAGACCAGCUCGAAGACCCAGACAAGUAUUCACUGAGGUGGUGUGGGAACGCUUCUGAAGUCCCCGGGCCUGAAAGGAUAGGAGGAGGCAAGAUGGAUGGCCCGAAUCGAGACCUGCUGGACACAGCUAGGACUCCUCUUAUUCACUAA